UGCAUGUGAUCAUAGUUGUCCCUCAUUUGAGAUAGUUAUCUAGAGCUCAGUAUCUCCAGCAGACCCCAGCAGACAUACCAACUCAAAUGUGGAGAGUUGUUCCCUAAGACAGUUUCAAUUCCAAAUUCUAUGCCACCUAACAGUGCAAUCCUAUACAUCGCUUCUCAAUAGUGUAAGAUGAGUGGAAGGGACCUUCAAGGAUUUAUUACAACUCACAGUGAUACAGGCAACUUGGUGGUGCGUGUGAAAAAUGGCCUUAAGAGUUCCAAGUAUAAACCUGCUGACUACGAGCAGCUAUAUGCAAUUACUGAUGCCAAGAAAUUAGAAUCUGUUAACAUCCUGUUAAAGAUUAAAAAGAUUGAACAUGCUUCAAAAGUUAACAAAGAACAAAUGCUGCUCAAACGGCAUAACCAAGUGUGGUGGCAAGAGCACAAAAGACUGCAUAAAAGCAGGCAAAAACUAGAAUCUGAAUUACAAACCUUCUUUGAUGAAGGAAGUGAGUGUUUUUUGGACUUGUGGGAAUUGCAAUAUACAUUAUCAAAAGACUUGGAAGCCUUUCAGGCAAACACAGUGCAACCUAUCUGGCAGCUUAGAGAAGAUUUAAGGUACAGGCUGUUGGAGUGGCAGGCCAACUGCAAAUGCCCAGAAUAUCAGUUCAGUCCACAUGAAGUGCUAGAACAGGUAGCAUUUGUGAAGAAACAACAACAAAAAGUUUUAGAAAAACUUCACCUUGAGAGAGAAGUUUUGGAAAGAGAACUUGAAGAAUGCACCAAUGAAGCAUUGGCAUGUACUUCAGAAGAGAGGAUUGAACUUUUUCAUAAGAUUCCACCACAGUUAUUGGCCUUGGACUGCCCGUAUCCUGAUUUGAAGGCUUCGGUGUUUAUGGAAUUUCAUAAACUUGCAGAUGCAUAUUGGUUGAAACUCCAAGAGAUUGAUCAAGACUUAAAAGUCAUGUCAAGCAAUUUCAGAUGGAGUGAGGAAGAUCUUUGGGUUUAUCCAGUUAUUGUUGGUCAGUACCCUAGCGACAUUCAAGGCAGAAGAACUCUCUACUUGGAUAUGCUGCAAAAACAUCUACCUCACAAGUCUAGGCAAGACCUUGUUGCUCAUGAACGGGCAUGGGAUCACUAUCAUUUUACUAGGAAUCAGUGGAGAGCUUUGAUGUUCAACUGGGUCGAAGCUAGAAAAUCUUUUUUAUUGAAGGCAGUAAUGACUCUUACAGAAGCUUGUGCUGCUCAUGAGAUAGAAGUUAUGUUGGCUAAUAAUAGAAGAAGACAACAGGAAAUAUGUGCGGAUCUCAAAGAAAAGGUCCUGCAGUGGCGUGCGCAGCAGGAAGAGGCUGCCCAACUGGAAGCUGCGCUUGCUGCCAGAAGAAAGGAAGAGGAAAAUGAAAAAGAGAUGUUUCGGAAAGAAAAAGAAAUGCUUCAGAGAGCAGAGGAUAAAGAAAAAGUGAAAAGGUACUGGGCUGAAAAACAGCGCAAGUGGAAGGAGGCAGAAGCAAAAGAUCUUCUGCGUUUGGCAGAAUUUAAGAAAUUAUUGGCUGAACAAGUCAUUAAAGACAAGGAAAGAGUUCAGUUUAGACAAAAGCUUUUGGGAAAGCGCUUGAUGGAGAAGAAAGAAGCAAUACUCAAAGAGGCCCAUGAAGAAGAAGAAAGGAAGAGACGUCUUGAUGCGCUCAGGCAACAGGUUGCUAUUGUUGCAGAGUUUGAUCCUGCUCGAAUGAUGGCUGACACAGUGGCAUCUAAAGCUCGGAUGGGCAUUGGAACAGAAGAAGAAUUUGUUCUGCAAAAGCCUCUAUUUGAGUUGCAUACAUUUACUAAUGAGCAGAUCAUAUCCGACACGCGGGUUCGUGUAGAGUUAGCUCUUCGAGAAGCUGGACUUCAUAAAACACUUUAUGCUCAAGAACUUUUGCCUAAAAUUGCUCCACCCAAACUUCCAAGGAGAGACAUGGAGUCCGUGGUGUUUAAACUGUACAACUAGGAACUAAUAAAAAACGUUGAAUUUUGAAUAAUCUUUAAAUAAACUAUUUUAAUUCAGAAAAUAGGUUGAAUACUGAAUGCCGAAGGCUUGUUUUUUAAAAUGGUUGAGUCAUGUUGGAGUGCUCAUUAGUGCGUUGUAUUGCCUAUGAGUGCUCAUUAGACUGUUUAACACUCCCUCACAAUCUUGAGCAUUGCUCUGUUACAGCACGUUCUUGGCAACCCAGUUCACUGAAGCUGCAGUCUAAUUAUUUCAUGUGAAAUCGUCCACCUUGAUGAAAAGCUGCUGGAGACACCCUUUCACGUGGGAAUGUACCUAAUCAUUUGCAUCAGAGAUAGAAACCCUGUGUACAGUAAGGGGUAGACAAGGUAUCCUGCAGAUGAUAUUGGACUACAUGUCAGCAUGGCCAAUGCAGGUAAUGAGAGUUGUAGUCCAACAAUAUCUAAAGGGUACCCUGUUGGUUACCCCUGGAGUAGAGUGUUGGACUUGAACCAAACUUUCUGGAUUUAAAUUUCCAUUCAUCCACAAAGCUCACUGACUAACCCUGGGCCAGUUACGGGGGGGGGGGAGAAGGAAUCUCUGGUGCUGAUUUAUAUUUACAUCUGUAUGCAGCUUUUGACUUCUCCUCCACUUGUCCCCUCCAUCCCUGAAACAAUUUUCCUCUUGCUUGCCAGUUUCUUUCUGUAGAAUAGGUAGAAUCUAUAGAGAUGCAAAUAACAUCUCUUUCCUGGCUGUAUGCAAAACAUUCCACAAUACAGGGAUAGUAAAAUGCAAUUAGGUCUUUAGUGGACCAUAUUUCUUGCAGAUAGGGUUUGCUUACUUACAAUAUAAUCCUUGACCAUAAAAUCUAAAAUGGUUUGUAGCACCCGCUUAGAAGUAUCCCUCAUCACUUUCACUACAUGUUGCAUUACUUAAUUUUUUAAAAAAUGAUGCUAGUCUUAUUUAUAUGAGCUAUUUUUGCUUGAUUAUUAUAAUAAAUGGAAAUAUACACUUAUCCCCUACUUCUGGCAGCCAAUUUGAUUCAUCAUGUUUACUGCAAACCAAUCAUCCAAACAAUUUCAUUUUGCAAAUUAGCCCUUGAGAAUAAAUUACAAUAGUAGAAAGAAUAUUUCAGCUAUGGGGGUCUUUAAUAUGGCACAGCAAAGAACCCUGUUUGUUCUGCUAGAUGAAAGUGAGUUUGACCAUUCAUUUCAUUUUAUAACACUAAAACCAUUUCCAGACUUUAUGCAGUAUGCAUAUGAAAGAUAUGUAAACAAAGUACAUAAAAUCUGUAGCCUGCCAAUUAACCACAGUUCAAACAAUUUAGCUCUGGGAUUAAGAACUGGAUGCAGGUUCCAUCUUAGCAAAUGCUCUGUGUGUGUAUUAUGUGCGCGCACACACACACACACACACACCAUGUAGCAACAUAUCUCUUAUAAGGCUGUGUGUGACAGCUAUCCUUUUGAUGCAGCAGUUCUAAAUUUUGCAGCCUCACAAAAGGGACUCAAAGAAAUAAAUUUUAGAUCUCGGUGCAGGCACAUUUCAAAUGUCAGUCCCAACCCUACCAUUUUCUCAGAGGAUUCAAUUGUAGCUGAGAGGAACAGUCCUGCAGGUCCCAGCAGGGCUUAAUCAUAGUUAAACAGACUUGAUGACUGAACAUGAUUUGUCCUGGUUUGUGCUGACAGCCAAGUCCUGGUCAACAUCAUGUCAUUUAACUCAGUUGUUCACAGUCAUUUUCUGACUUGCUGGUUCUUCACAGUAUAGAAAAUCCCUAUGGGGAAUUUUGGGAAGAAAUUACUAUGAGAAGGAAGCUUCUCUGUUAGUGCUGUCUAGCCUACAGGAGAAACUACCCUUCCCCCAUUACACACACACACCCCUCAUCCAGCCCUUGCUAUCAAGAUCAGGAGCUUUCUUCAGCAUUUUCAGUGCUUUGUUUCUUUUGCUCUUGUGUAAACUGAAAGUGCACAUGGAAAAUGUGCAUGGUUCUGAUGGGGAAAAAGGCUUCAGAGCAGGGAAGACUGCUGCCUCUGUAGCAAAACAAUACCAAAAUAUAUCCAGUUUUACAUGUGUUAAUUUCUCUUGACAUACAUGUGAAGCUAACUCUAAUGAAGUAAACAGCCCUGUUCCCAUUUUAUCAGCUGCUAAUAUAUGGUCUCAGAACAAUUAUUCUAGUUAAUCCUAUCUGAGGUGGAAUGUGGAUUUUAAAGCAACUGCUGUGUUAGGUUAGGCUUGGGCAUGGUAGUGACUCAUUGCAAUGAUAAUGCACGGAAGCAGUGAAUAAACACAGACAGAAUGUUCCCAGUCACCGUCAUUCAGAAAUCUGUCACUAUAAUUCUGGAUAGGAUCGAAGAACAGUGCCUGGAGCUCAGGAGAGGGGUUUGAAAGAGGUAGCUUGCUGGGUCCAAUUAAAAUAGCUUUGUAAGCUAUUUUCCUUCCAGUUUGUUCCCAUCUUGGAUUCUUUUUGUCCCUUCAAUGAACGUGGCAACCACUUGGUAGAAUAAACAAGAAUUCUGCCUUUCCACAGGGAUUUUCUAGGACAGUGAAAGGUAACAACAUUGGCUAUGUCAUAAGCUGGAGGCCUGGAGCUAAUUUGCAUGGUUGAGUUGCAUGCAAUUAACAUAAUUUGCAUAUAAUUUUCAUGAACAGGGUUGAUGCAAAACUAGAUAGUAGACAUUCUGCAGCAGUUACUCAGAAGGUUCUGAAUCAAA